AAAAACCCUAGUUCACUUGUUGCAUUUAGUUCAACUUUGUUUCUUCGUCUCUAGCAGGAGACUUUUGUGCGGCUGCCACUUCGAUUUCAAGUGUUUGAGCUUUGAAAGAUGGUGAGAAUCAGUGUGCUUAAUGACGCUCUGAAGAGUAUGUUCAAUGCGGAAAAGAGAGGCAAGAGGCAGGUGAUGAUCAGGCCUUCGUCUAAGGUCAUCAUCAAGUUUCUCAUUGUGAUGCAGAAACACGGUUACAUUGGUGAGUUCGAGUACGUUGAUGACCACAGGUCUGGCAAGAUUGUCGUUGAGCUCAAUGGAAGACUGAACAAAUGUGGUGUCAUCAGUCCCCGUUUCGAUGUCGGAGUUAAGGAGAUCGAAGGCUGGACCGCUCGUCUUCUUCCUUCCAGACAGUUUGGUUACAUUGUUCUUACAACCUCCGCCGGUAUCAUGGACCACGAAGAGGCCAGGAGGAAGAAUGUUGGUGGAAAGGUUCUUGGAUUCUUUUACUGAAAAAGGCAACAACUUCAUGAGAAGGCUAUACUUUUGCUUCUCCUUUUGGUGAGAUGAGGAAUUUGAUUGAGCUCAAUGUUAAAAGAGGGUCGUAGACGUUUCUCUGUUUGUUAUUUUGGAUGAUUUUGUUUGUUUUCGGUUUUGCGCAAAAGUUAUGAAGAAAGUAGACAGUAAUUUUCAAUGAAAAACUUGUUUCUCUUGAGCCAAUUA